GGUAACCAAUAAUAUUAUUACUUUUAAUACAAGAAAUGGAGGACAAAGGAACGAACAUUGAACAAGCUCAAGAUAGCUGUUAUCAAGGGUGGAUGAGUCUACAAUCCCAACGCGUCCUUGACCUUAAACAAGCCUUAGCUCAACGACGAUCUCACGAAGGCACAGCAGACGCUGCCGCUGAUGAUAAGAAGCUCCGUGAAUUAACACAAAAGAUCAUUGGGGACUUCAAAGAUUACGCAGGAAAAAGAGCUAAUCUCUCACAUCGAUGUAGCUCGAACUAUUAUGCGCCGUCGUGGAACACUCCUUUGGAGAACGCUCUGAUUUGGAUGGGUGGUUGCAGACCAUCUUCUUUCGUUAGGCUUGUUUAUGCUCUGUGUGGAUCCCAAACUGAGAUCCGUGUGACUCAGUUUCUCCGCAACAUCGAUGGUUACGAUACUUCAGGUUGUGGUGGCGCAUCACUCAGCGAUCUAACGGCAGAGCAGCUGGCAAAGAUAAACGUCUUGCAUGUGAAGAUCAUAGACGAAGAAGAGAAGAUGACCAAGAAAGUCUCCAGUCUGCAAGAAGACGCGGCUGAUAUUCCUAUCUCCACCGUGGCUUACGCGGAGGAGCAUGUCGGAGAGCCUAACUUGGCGGUGGAUCAAGCUCUCGACAAGCAAGAAGAAGCUAUGGCCACUUUAUUGGCCGAGGCCGAUAAUCUGAGGGUAUAUACUUUGAGUAAGAUCAUAGAGACUCUGGCGCCGAUGCAAGCCGCGGAUUUUUUGCUGGCCGGGAAAAAACUCCACCUUUCAAUGCAUGCGUGGGGAGCGUUAAGGGACCGCCGCCGUCGUGAAUGUAUAAUAGAUGCCGCAGAUAAUGCCGGAGGGAAAGAAGAGAAGUAGUCGUUAUUAUAGUAGAGAUGAUAUAUAUUAUGUCAAUUUUCUUUUCCGAGGACCAGCGUGUAAUGCGUUUCGAUUUAUUAUGUAACAUAAAUAAAUAUUUUAUAGUU